CUUAUCUUCCUCGUGGCAGUUUAUUUUAUAGUAGCUUGUGCGGCUUGGCAACAUAUUAAUCAAAUAAUAAAAUUAAAAUGCCCAAUUACCAUGGGAUCGUCUGCGCUCUCUCUCUCGAUCGGGUCGCAUGGAAGAAGAUAUCUCCCUUUUAUUGCUUCCAGUAGAACCCUCGGAGAGGGAUUCUUGCUCCAAUGGAGGAAGAGGAACGAGAGAGAUCUUCUUCCGUUCUCUCUGCUUUCGCUUUCCGAACGACGCCGACGCGGUUGCCGAGGUGAAGCGCCUCCUCUCCCUGGCGGGGCCUCUCAUCGCCACGAGCCUCCUCCAAUAUUCCAUUCAGGUGAUCUCCGUCAUGUUUGUCGGCCACCUCAGUGAGCUCUCUCUGUCCGGCGCCUCCAUGGCCACUUCUUUCGCCAACGUCACAGGAUUCAGUGUGCUGUUGGGAAUGGCGAGUGCAUUGGACACCCUGUGCGGACAGGCCUAUGGUGCAAAAGAAUUUCAUAUGCUUAGUGUUCAUUUUCAAAGGGCAAUGUUCAUACUUCUAUUCGCGAGUAUACCUUUAGCCCUCAUUUGGACCUACACAAGACAAAUUCUUAUUGCAGCUGGUCAAAAUUCAGAGAUAUCAGCUGAAGCUGGAUCAUAUGCUCAUUGGUUAAUCCCAAGCCUUUUUGCCUAUGGUUUGCUUCAAUGCCUUGUUAAAUUUCUGCAAACGCAGAACAUAGUGAUUCCGAUGCUUAUAAGCUCAGGAGUUAUUGCAGUCUUCCACAUUCUAAUAUGCUGGGUUUUAGUUUACAUGUUUGGCCUUGGCAGCAAGGGUGCUGCACUUGCUACCACCAUAUCGUAUUGGAUAAAUGUUCUUCUUUUAGCAAUAUAUGUCAAAUUUUCUCAAGCUUGCAAGGAGACAUGGACAGGCUUUUCAAAAGAGUCACUCAAAGAUGCAUUUGACUUUCUAAGACUUGCGGUUCCUUCGGCUUUUAUGGUCUGCUUGGAGUAUUGGUCGUUCGAGAUGGUAGUUCUCUUAUCUGGUCUUCUUCCUAAUCCAAAGCUGGAAACAUCUAUUUUGUCAAUCAGCCUCAGUACAAUGUGGAUGGUUUACAUGAUUCCCACUGGUCUCAGCAGUGCAGUAAGUAUAAGAGUCGCAAAUGAAUUGGGCGCGGGGCAACCACAGGCUGCAAGCUUGUCAGUAUGCAUUGUUAGUAUCCUAGCCAUAACAGAAGGUUUGGCCGUUGCAAUAAUCACCAUUCUGGUUCGCAAUGUCUGGGGUUACUUGUAUAGCUAUGAAGAUGAUGUUGUACAAUAUGUUUCAACGAUGAUGCCAGUUCUUGCCGCAUCUGACUUCAUGGAUGGAAUACAAUGCACGCUUUCAGGUGCUGCUAGAGGAUCUGGUUGGCAGAAAUUUUGUUCUUAUGUCAAUCUUGGGGCAUAUUAUGUUGUUGGCAUUCCUUCAGCAGUCAUCUUUGCUUUCUUCUUGCAUCUUGGUGGCAAGGGACUCUGGUUGGGAAUCAUCUGUGCACUGCUUGUUCAAGUAUCAGUUCUAGUCGCUGCAAUCCUGCGCACCAAUUGGGAACAUGAAGCCAAAAAGGCAAGGGAAAGUCUUUACAUUGCAGCUGUUCACCAGGACCAGAAUUCCAAUUAACUUCACAGGAAACAUUGUAUUGCUUACAAGUCGUUGCAAUGAUGUGUAUCAAGUCCUGAAACUCUUAUUUUUCUGAACUCAAUGAGUUUCAAUUCAAUA